CGCUCCUCGCGCAGCGCCGUUGCCAUAGCGACAGCAGCAUCCGAGGCCGCCAUGAUGCCGCCGCCGGACUCGCUGCUGCGGUACAACCCGCCGCUGCUCGUCCGCCGCCGCACGGAGAAGCGCUCCCCCGGGGCCCCCCCGCUGCAGGCGACACCCUCGGCGCCGCCCGCCCCGACGGGGCCCGUCCCGCUGCCCAGCACGGCCGCCGAGCCCGGGAAGCAGACGCGGGAGCUCCUCAACGCCAUCCUGCCGCCGCGGGAAUGGACGGAGGACAACACGCUGUGGGUGCAGGAGGUGUCCAGCACGCCCAGCACCCGCCUGGACGUCGUUCACCUGCAGGAGCAGCUGGACCUGCGGCUGCAGCAGAGGCAGGCACGGGAGACCGGCAUCUGCCCCGUGCGCAGGGAGCUCUACUCGCAGUGCUUCGAUGAACUGAUCCGAGAAGUCACGAUCAACUGUGCCGAGCGAGGACUGCUCCUGCUUCGGGUCAGGGAUGAAAUCCAAAUGACCAUCGCUGCUUACCAGACGCUGUAUGAGAGCAGCAUUGCAUUUGGCAUGCGGAAGGCACUGCAAGCUGAGCACGGCAAAUCUGACAUGAUAAAAAGAAUUGCAGAGCUAGAAGAGGAAAAGCGGGAGCUGGAAGCACAAGUGAGUGACCAGAAAGCUAAAUGUGAAGCUAUUGAAAAACGGGAAAAUGAAAGGAGGCAGAUAGAAGAAAAGAAACACACUGAAGAGGUGCAGGUCCUGAAAAGAACCAAUCAGCAGCUGAAGGCACAACUUGAAAGCAUCAUUGCACCAAAUAAGUAGAUUUUGUUCUUAUCCUCCAGGCAGCAUUCAGAAGAGCUGUCAGAGCAAGAAGUUUGCAAUUAGUAACAAAGAGUUGUCUUCGUAAAACAAGCUUGAAUUUUCACUUACCGGUAACUGAAGGCAGCACAAUUGUGUUCUGUCCUUCUUUGUCUCUUGAAGAGUUGAAUUUCAAGGGCUU